UCCUUGCACUGUGUUGACUAGAUUCUUGCAUAUCAGCGGUGUCUCAAACAUUAAGGGACGCAGUUCAAUCGGUACGCGAUCUCGCGGAUCGACAAUCACUUCUUCCAGCCGAAAAGUGUAUAAAUACAACUUCUAUUCGGGAUCGGCAUACUUAAUUGUGCGCAGACUUUCGUCCGAGCAAGAUGGGUACACUACCGUCAUUGCCAUUCCUUUGUUUGCUUCUGAGUGUGACAGCUACAUUUCUUCCCAAGACGGAAGCUCAAAACACCGGUAAACCGGCACGUAUAGUAUGCUACUUCAGCAAUUGGGCAAUCUACCGACCGGACGUAGGACGCUAUACGAUCGACGAUAUCCCUGGCGAGAUGUGCACACAUAUUAUUUAUUCCUUCAUCGGGGUCGACGACAGUAAUUACAAGGUUUUAGUAAUUGACCCGGAAGUGGAUUUGGAGCAGAAUGGCUUCAGAAAUUUCACAAAUUUAAAAGAAAAAUAUCCCAACGCAAAAAUGAUGAUCGCCGUUGGAGGUUGGGCUGAAGGAGGCAAAAAAUAUUCGCAGAUGGUUGCUGUAAAAGAGCGUCGAGCAUCGUUUAUUGCCAGCGUGGUUCAAUUCAUGAAAGUUUACAAUUUUGAUGGAUUCGAUUUGGAUUGGGAAUAUCCUGGGGCUGCCGAUCGUGGUGGAAGCUUCGGUGAUAAAGACAAGUUUUUCUAUUUUGUGGAAGAGCUACGGAGAGCCUUCGAUAAAGAGGCUAAAGAUUGGGAAAUUACAAUGGCCGUGCCCGUGGCUAAUUUCAGGUUGCAGGAAGGAUAUCAUAUUCCAGAGUUAUGUGAAAACUUAGAUGCCAUUCAUUGUAUGACGUAUGACCUGCGCGGAAACUGGGCUGGUUUCGCGGAUGUUCACAGCCCUUUGUAUAAACGUCCACAUGAUCAGUGGGCAUACGAAAAGUUAAACGUGAACGAUGGAGUUCAACUUUGGGUCAAUUAUGGCUGUCCUCCGAGUAAACUCGUCAUAGGCGUUCCAUUCUAUGGAAGGACAUACACUCUCAGUGCAAGUACAACGAAUCCUACUCUGGGGUCUUACAUAAACAAAGAAGCUGGCGGAGGUGCUCCAGGACCUUACACUAAUGCAACUGGUUUUUUAGCGUAUUAUGAGAUUUGUACCGAAGUUCAAGAUGAAGAAAAGGGUUGGACAAAAAAAUGGGACGAAGUUGGCCUUUGUCCAUACACGUAUAAGGGUACACAGUUUGUUGGUUAUGAAGACGUCGAAUCGCUUCAGCACAAAAUGCGAUGGAUAAAAGAAAAAGGAUAUGCUGGUGCAAUGACUUGGGCAAUAGAUAUGGAUGAUUUUCAUGGGUUAUGUGGUCCUGAGAAUGCAUUGAUGAAAGUUCUGUAUGAAGGCAUGAAAGGAUAUAUUAUUCCCGAAUCUACCAUUUCUACAACACCAAGGCCGGAAUGGAAUCGCCCGCCGUCCACUCAACCAAGCACGGAAGAUGGUCUACUUUCAGCAACUCCAAGUAGUACGACGCCACGUCCCAUGAAAUCAACCACAAGGACUACGACAAAGCAAACGAAUACGCAACGAACAACGACUACACCUGUCCCGGUGACAGAUGAGACAAAUAAUAAACCAGAACCAGCUCCAGUUCCUGCACCACCAGACUAUGAGGAGCCAGCGGUGAUCGAAUGCUCAGAUAACCAAGAUUUCGUGCCAUCAGAUGACUGUACCAAAUACUAUCGAUGUGUUCAUGGACAAUCGGUAGAAUUCACUUGUAAGGAAGGUACUGUUUUCCACACAGAAUUAAAUGUUUGUGACUGGGUAGAAAACAGCAACCGUGCUGAAUGUAGAGGAGAAGCGAAAACUGUUCAUGAUAUUUUUUCCGACAACGCAAACGGAGAUAGUAACACACAAGACUAAUCGCCAGUAUUCGCCAGUAAUAGCGCUAAGAAACAUGAGUUGUACGUUUAAAAUUACGAAAUGCAAAAAAGAUCGCCAUGAGCAAACACAUAAAUAUGCCAAGAAGUUAAUUCCGUCAGAAUAAUCGAGAACGCCGAUUUAUAAGUAUACCAGCGAUUUUUCUACAUUUUUUGAUUGAGCGAAACUAUUUUGUUUGCAAGUAUCUAAAUCUUCUGAUUUUGAAGGCUCUGUGAUUAUUGAGGAUUGGUUCUUUGGCUCACACCAAGCUUAAA